CCUUUCUUGUCUACGUCCAACGCAAUCAUUAAUUGUCGUAAUGGAGUGUUGAAACUGUCUUUUGGCAACAUGACGGUAGAAUUGAAUGUGUUCGAUAUUAGUCAACAACCUGUGAAUCUUGAUGAUGAUGAUGUGCAUGAAGUUAAUAUGAUUGAAGGAUUAAUACAAGAUUCGUUGACUAACAUUCUAGGUAGAAUGCCUUCACGUUGGUCGAGACAAGACCGCUAUAAGUUCUUGGCUGAAGUUAAACAUUUCCUUUGGGAUGACCCAUAUUUGUUUAAGUACUGCCCGGACCAAAUCAUUAGGAGAUGUGUCCCCAACACUGAACAGAAAGAUGUGAUAUCUUUCUUUCAUGACCAAGCAUGUGGAGGCCAUUUCAGUGCCAAGAAAUCCGCUGCAAAGAUCUUGCAGUGUGGAUUCUAUUGGCCAUCAUUGUUCAAGGAUUGCCAUGAUUAUUGUGUUGCUUGUGAACGCUAUCAAAAGCUAGGAAGCAUUUCGAGGAGAAACAUGAUGCCAUUGAACCCCAUUUUGAUUGUGGAGAUUUUUGAUGUUUGGGGGAUCGACUUCAUGGGUCCAUUCCCUAUUUCUGACGGUAGAUUGUACAUCCUAGUCGCAGUUGAUUACAUUUCUAAGUGGGUAGAAGCCAUAGCAACCAGAACAAAUGACCACAAGGUGGUACUUUCAUUUCUAAAAGAGAACAUAUUUUCACGUUUUGGUACCCCUAGAGCUAUAAUCAGUGACGGUGGUUCGCAUUUCUGCAACAAGUACUUUGAGUCUUUAGUACGGAAGUAUGGCAUAACCCACAAAGUCGCUACUCCGUAC